CAGUAGAUGGCAAGCUUUACUGCAAGGAAUUUUACUGCCAAAUGCCUCAGAUACAUGAAAAGGAUUUAAUCAGAGUAAAAUGCUUGGCACAAAUUCCUCUAGUAAUUAGAUUAAUGUAUCAGUGUUUAUAAAGAGACUGAUAAUUAUCUCAAGUGUCAGUCAACGUAAAUCCAAAGUGAUCAGCAUUUGGUUUCCAUUUUUCUGAUGCAAAAUACAAGUUUUAAGAAAGUCUGUCAGAACAAGUCACAGCCAAAGUGAUCUUAAUUGCAUAAGAAUGAAAAUGACUUUUCUGCCAACCAGAGCCAUCACACGUCAGGCUUUCCUGAUUAACCUUGUGCAACUUUAUUUAAAAAAGCCUUUACCAAAACCACCAAAACAUUUAUUUCCCUUACAACCCCUUCUGCAAAAGCAGUAGAAAACAUUCUUGAAUCAUUUCCUCGGAGUCAGACUUCACAUCAGACACCAUCACACCCUGCCACAUCACAUCUCAGAGCACAGGGGUGUUUGCUUCCACAUGUUUUCAUCUUCCUCCUCUGCUGUUUCUGUUUAGCUCUCAGUAGCACUAGGUUUCCAAAUCCAUCCUUCCCCAUCACUCCAUAGCAGCAAGGAAACUGAGCGUCCACAUGGGAGAUAGGGAGGUGCUCUAAACAACUUGUUCUUCAUAGCUGGGAAAACAGGUGGAAAAUAGAUUCUUGAACUAUGAAACCAAGCUUCAAGGAUUUUCUGAAGCCACAUGAUUUAGUAAUACGACUUUCGUUAAAAAAAAAUAAUAAUCAUAGGAUGUCUUGGUAAACUUCAUACCACUCAGUUGGAUAAUUGCAUUGCCUUUGAUGACCACCUCAAAAAGAUGCAGAUUUGUGGUAAGACUUGCAGUUCUUUCUGGUUUACUCCAAGCGCUGGGGAAGUCCUCAGGACCUUUUUUGUUUCCUUCCUAGAGUCACUUUCCACGAGAAAUGAUUCCAGGUGCCUGCCAAACUCCUGCCAAAAGAACUCCACAUGCAUCACUGGUCACAGAGACGAUAUCUGCCAUUGUGUGGACAUGUCACUUGACACUAUGGAGGAACUCUGCAAUAAAACCUCCGAUCCUUGCUCCUCAAACCCUUGUCUUCAAAACGCUACCUGUUUAAGUUCUGCUGGAAACCUCAAUUUCACUUGCGAGUGCCCGGAUGGGUACAAUGGGACCACUUGUGAAAUAGCUGUCAGUAUGUGUGACACCAACCCCUGUGAACACGGAGGCACGUGCCUCGAUGGCCUGGCCAGGCCCACCUGCCUCUGUCGCACAGGAUUCACAGGUACACGCUGUGAAAUGGAUGUUGAUGAGUGCAGCUCGGAACCAUGCCACAACGGAGCGGUGUGCAGGGAUGGGAUUGAUGAAUACUCCUGCUACUGUGUCCCAGGCUAUCAAGGCAAGCACUGCGACCUGGAGGUGAAUGAAUGCGUGUCAGACCCAUGCCUGAAUGGGGCAACGUGUCUCAACCUUAUAGGGAGGUUUUACUGCAUCUGUCCUCUUGGGUACACAGGAGCCAACUGCGAGCUGGACGUGGACGAGUGCCAGUCGCUGCCGUGCCAGAACGGCGCCACCUGCCGCGACGCGCCGGCCGCCUUCUCCUGCUCCUGCCCGCCCGGUUUCCGCGGCGCCCUCUGCCAGACGGACGUGGACGAGUGCGCCAGCAGCCCCUGCCUGCACGGAGCGCGCUGCGCCGACCUGCCCGGGGGAUACAACUGCAACUGCACUGGCACCGGGUUCAUGGGCCUGCACUGUGAGACCCGUGUACCCCCGUGCUGGUCACAGCCGUGCCACAACAACGCCACAUGUGAGGACAGUGCUGAUGGAGUCACCUGUCACUGCUGGCCAGGCUACACCGGCUCCCACUGCGAGACCGACAUCAGUGAGUGCAGCAGCGCGCCGUGCGCCGCGGGCCGCUGCCUGGAACGCUCCUGGGCCGCCCGCUACGGCCAAGAGCCCGAGCUGCCGCCGCCCUUCCGCCACGACCGCGCCGAGGGCUACGUGUGCGUCUGCCCGCCGGGCGUCCGCGGUAUUCACUGUGAUGAAGACAUCAAUGAAUGUCACACGAACCCUUGCCAAAAUGGUGGUAUCUGUGAGAACUUUCCUGGGAAUUACACUUGCCAUUGCCCACCUGCAGACAAAGAAGGGAUUUUUUACGGCGGCUGGAACUGCACAGAAAUCCUCCAUGGCUGUACUGAUCAACAAUGCCAAAAUAAUGGAAUAUGUAUCCCGAAUUUAAAAAAUGGCCAUCAUGGCUUCAGCUGCAUAUGCUCACCUGGAUAUACUGGAAUACACUGUGAAACUGUAACUACAUUUUCUUUUCAAGGAAAUGGUUUCCUUUGGUUGAAGAAUCCCACAACCACUACAGAGGAAUUUUCCUAUAAUAUAAACCUGAGGUUUCAGACUGUGCAACCGUCAGCCUUUCUGUUUUACCGAGGGGAGAAAGACACAUUUGUGAAGCUGGAGUUACUGAAUGGCUACUUACAUUUGUCCGUGCAAGUCAAAAACCAGCCACGGGCUCUUUUGCAUAUUUCACAUAAUGUCAGUGAUGGAGAAUGGCAUUCAGUGGAGGUAACCUUGGCAAGAGCUGUUACUCUUAAUUUACUUGACAGCUCUUGUGCAGAAUCAUGUGUCAAUAAAACUUCUGCUAUGAUAGAUAAUGAUCACGUGAGGCUUGCAUUUCAGAGCACAUUUUUGGGCAGCUUACCAGUGGGGAACAUUAGCAGCAGCUCUCAGCUUAACAUCAAUAAUAUACAUUCUACACCUUCAUUUGUAGGCUGUCUUCAGGAUAUUGAAAUAGACUUGAAUGUUAUUACUCCAGAGAAUGCAUCACCUGAAUCCUCUUUAAACGUCAAGACAGGAUGCAGGAAGAAGGACUGGUGUGAAAACAACCCCUGCCAGAACAGGGGCCGCUGUUCCAACCUGUGGCUGAGUUACCACUGUGACUGCUACCGGCCGUACGCGGGGCCGAGCUGCAGAGCAGAGUAUAUUCCAGGUCGAUUUGGAUCUGAGGACUCCUCAGGCUAUGCUGCUUUUUCUGUUGAUGCUACUGAGAAUGAAAAUCUGAAUAUAUCAAUGUUUGUCCGAACACGCAAAUCCUCUGGCUUGUUACUGGCUUUGAGAAACAGUACCUGUCUCUAUGUAAGAGUCUACUUGGAAGGUGGGAAACUCACAAUGUUAGCUCCAAAUUCCAUGAAGUUAUUAGGAAAACAUCCUAUAAAUGAUGGAAAUUUCUACCUAAUAACAUUAAAAAUAGAACCAAAUCUGUUGGAAUUAUUCCAAUCCUCUCAAUACUUAGGCUUUAUUUCUACUCCAGUACUAACCACCCAAAGUAAGGACUUUCUUUACAUCGGAGGCCUACCAGAUAGCAGAGAAACUGAUAGAAAUGGCAAGUAUUUCAAAGGCUGCAUCCAGGAUGUAAGAGUGAAUAACCAGCCGUUGGAAUUCUUCCCCCUCACCAAUUCACUGAAUUCUUUUAUCAACCGAACCCUGAUCAACGUCACCCAAGGCUGCAGUGGUGACAACCUCUGCAAGUCCAGUCCUUGCCACAAUGGUGGUGUAUGCUAUUCAAUCUGGGAUGACUUCACUUGCACAUGCCCCCCUAACACAGCAGGGAAAGCGUGUGAGGAAGUUAAGUGGUGUGAGCUUGGGCCCUGUCCUCAUGAAGCACAAUGCAAGCUGGUGCAUCAAGGAUUUGAAUGUCUCACUAAUGCAGUGUUUAGCGGCCGAAGCAGCGCUAUAUUUUACAGAAGCAACGGGAAAAUCGGCAGAGGCCUCACCAAUAUCGUGUUUGGCUUUCGAACUAGGGACACAAAUGUGAUACUGCUGUAUGCGGAGAAGGAGCCUGAAUUUGUUAUCAUCAGCAUUCACAACUCCAAACUGGUUUUCCAACUGCAAAGUGGCAACAACUUUUACAUGUUGACUCUCACUAGCUCGCUGACCGUGAGUGAUGGGAAGUGGCACCAAGUGAUGGUUUCCAUGCUGGAGCCCCUGUCUCAGUUCUCGAGGUGGCACAUGAGUAUUGACAACAGGGACACUGCAACCAGUACAACUGCUACAGGAAGUCUGAACUUUCUAAGAGAAGAGACAGACAUCCAUGUGGCUGACAAGGCUUUUGACAAUUUGGAUGGCCUGCGAGGAUGCAUGAGCACCAUAGAAAUCAGUGGAAUUUAUCUCUCCUACUUUGAAAAUGCUGAUGUCCUGACUAAAAAACCUCAAGAGGAACAAUUUCUCAAAAUAUCUGCAAACCCUGUUCUUACGGGCUGCUUGCAGGAGGAUGCCUGCAGCUCAGAGCCCUGUAUGCAUGGGGGGACAUGUGAAGACUUGUACACCUCCUAUCGCUGCAUGUGUCCCCCAGGGUGGGCAGGCACCCACUGCGAGACCAACAUCGACGAGUGCUUCUCCAACCCCUGCAUUCAUGGAAACUGCACAGAUGGGAUCAGCUCUUAUGAGUGUGUCUGUGAACCUGGCUACACAGGGUUCAACUGUGAGGAGGACAUAGACUACUGCCGUGGCCACCAGUGUGCAAAUGGGGCCACCUGCAUAGAUGGGAUUCAUGGAUAUUCAUGCCUGUGUGCUGGUAACUUUACUGGAAAGCUUUGCAGAUAUCGAAGAUUACCCUAUACAGUUUGUGGGAAUGAAGACAGAAAUCUCACCUGUUACAAUUAUGGCAACUGUACUGAUCUUGGAGGCAAGCUGGCCUGUGUGUGCCUGCCAGGGUUUGCUGGAGAAAGGUGCGAAAAGGACAUUGAUGAGUGCAGCUCUGAUCCAUGCCUGAAUGGAGGCCUCUGCCAGAACCUGCUUAACAAAUUCCACUGCCUCUGUGACGUGAACUAUGCUGGGGACCGCUGUGAGAUCGAUUUGACAACUGACUUGAUCUCGAACGUAUUCACCUCCCUUGGCUCAGUAACGCUGGCUUUAUUGAUCCUCUUCUUGGCAGUUGUGGUUUCAGUCAUUGCUGCCAAUAAAAGGUCGAGCCAAGGAACCUACAGCCCCAGCCGGCAGGAGAAGGACGGCGCCCGCGUUGAGAUGUGGAGCAUGGUGCAGCCACCGCCAAUAGAGAGGCUCAUUUAGGGGAAGGCUCUCCUCCACCUUGGAAGAUGAGUGGAAGUGGACGAUGUGCACAAGCUAGAUACGUUCAUUUGCAUUCUGCUACUGGGAGCACCUGUUGUAAAAACUACAGUGACUUUGAACUUUGAAUAACUUCCUUUUAAGUUCAAUAACAUUUAAAAUGUUCUAGCAUUUAAGUGAACCAAUGCCAUCUAUCACUAUUUUGGGACAUUUUUUCAAAGGACAAUUUCAUUUGCACUGGAAACUUCAGCCUUGGUAAUCUGCAGUAGGCAUUACAGACAGUAAUGGCUUCUGUGAUACUUGUAAGUGCCUGUCUCAGACUCAACACAGGAACAGCUUCUUGUUUGUGCUUUGCUUUGCCUGCCUAGCAAUCACUGCUACAGAAGACAAUGCAGACCCUAAUCAAUAAAGACAUAAUUUUGUUAUUAAAGGGUUUAUCACUAUAACUGUGUUUCAGCAUAUUGUUGAUCAGGGGUUAAAAGGAAACGUGCAGAAACUCUCCAAAAUAAAUGUU